GAUAUAUUAAGGCUUCGAUGGUGUCAGUGCAUUUAAGUAAACAAUAGAAUAACAAGGUGUCAGGAAAUGCCAAGUGAAAGGGAAAGAGUUGUACCUGUGGCUUCGGCCUCCUAUUCAAAUCUGGUUGGCUUCAUUUUUAUAUUCAAUCUUAUUGUUGGAACGGGAGCAUUAACACUUCCCGGAGUAUUUGCGAAGGCAGGAUGGUUUCUCGGUUUGGUCGUAAUAUUAUUGCUGGCAAUUAUGAGUUACAUGACAGUCACAUUUAUUAUUGAAGCUAUGGCUGGAGCCAAUGCAAUUAAAAAUUGGCAGAAUCUACAGGUUCGGCGGCGCACUCGAAACUCGAUUGGAACCAGCGAUGAUGAAAGAGAUCUGGAGUCCACUCCACUGAUUGGAUCUGGUGCCGAGGAGAGUCAUUAUUACCAACUAACGCACAAAUUUGAACUGGGUGAAAUGGCUUCAUUAUUUUUCAACGACUUUGGACGCGUCCUAUUUUAUUUGUGCUUUAUUGUUUAUCUCUUUGGAGACUUGAGCAUUUAUUCAACAGCGGUAUCUAGAAGCUUGCGCGAUAUUAUAUGCGAACACGAUCGCUCAAAUAGUUCAGAUAUCUCGAUUGUAGAAUCGAAAACUAUGUACCAGCCUGGUAAUUUCCAAAGUAAGGGAAACCACACAUGCUGGAAGGAUCAUAGUAUAUCGCGGAUACACAUGUAUCGGAUAAUAUUAAUUGCGUUUAAUGUGAUUUUCGGUCCAAUCAUAUUGUGUGGCAUACAGAAAACGAAAUAUUUGCAAAUGUUGACUGCGAUCUUCCGUUGGCUGGCGUUUACAUUCAUGAUCUGUAUUGCCACAAAGUUGCUCAUCACUGAUGGUGCCAAGGGACAUCCUGUUGGCGUCAAUUUCUAUGGAUCUCCUCCGUUAUUUGGCGCUUGUGUCUAUUCGUUUAUGUGCCACCAUUCGUUGCCUAGUUUAUUGGCACCACUUAGAAAUAAGUCAAAGGUAUCAAAAAUUCUCUCAUAUGAUUACAUUGUCAUUUGUAUGUUCUAUAUUGUUUUAGCUAUGACAGGCAUUUUUGCAUUUGAGCACGUUGAAGAUCUCUAUACACUCAAUUUUCUGCCCGAUCAAGAAAACUCGAAAGAUUUCUUGUCUGGCUUAUAUGUUGUCAUUGACUACUUUCUGUCCUUAUUCCCGGUCUUUACGUUAUCAACAAGCUUUCCAGUUAUCGCAGUGACGCUCAAAAAUAAUCUUCAAAUCUUAUUUCUCGAUAUGUCUCGAUAUGAAUCGUAUAAUUUGUGCAUUCGUGCUUUGUUUCCACUUAUGACGAUUUUACCAUCAUUUUGUGUGGCAUAUUUGACCGACAGUCUCUCUACACUUGUGGCAUUUACGGGCAGCUAUGCUGGAACUGGAAUUCAAUAUAUAAUACCAGUUUGUUUGCUAUAUUUCUCAAGGCGAACGUGUACUGAGCUUUUGGGUAGUGGUAUCGUUAACCAUUUUCAGAGUCCGUUCAAAUCAAAUGGAUGGUUAAUAUUGGUUUUAAUUUGGUCUUUCAUUUGUGUCGUCCUAGUGUCUAUCAAUUUGUUCCAUUAAAAUAUGUAUCUACAUCUACUAACUGUUAACCCUAUGCCAAAUCUGAUGUUUUUAUCGGCUGUGAGACGAAAUUAAAACUAAAAAAAAUUUCGCAAAUCCAAUUUUAUUACUGACGGAUACUUGAUGCGAUAGAAUGUGCGUAAAAACCUAAAUUGUAUCCAAAUGAUACUGUUAUUUACCGUUUCCUAUUUAAACACGAAUUAUCGAAUUUAACCCGAAAAACAAUUUUACCGAAAGCUAAUAUUUUUAAUGUAAGUGUAAUAUCAUGUACCUUUUAUGUGUCUGUUUGAUAAUGUACAGCGCAACAAAUGAAUUAUUAUUAAAUAUUGAUGUUAUAUAAUAUAUAAAUACUAAUAAUCAGUUGAUAAUAUUUUAUAUGUAGUUGAAUAAUUUACGUCAACGUAUUUUCGUCUGGAAAAUAAUAUUCUAUUGUCAUAUUUUCAACUUGUUUGAUUGUGUAAAGAAACAUUAUGUUAAAUAAAAUAAAAUAUAUCUUUUUAUUAUAUCAUAUAAAUAAUCUGAGCACAAUUUGUUCUCCACAAAUUAAUAGAACAAAUGAUCCAUACAGGCAAUAUUACUGGAAUAAUUUUUUCAGCUGCAUUUUAGUAACUACUGGAACAUCGGGGAGAUCAAGUUUUAGUCAAAAGUUGAACGAUCGAAGAAUCUGUGGAUUGAGUGAAUCAAUAAAAUGUAAAUACACAUGGAAAAGUCUGACAGCAGCAUAUUCAAGAGGUGCACAAAUUAUGAUGCUGAUUGAACAAAACAAAAAAUAUGUUUUCUAACAACGAUGGGAUUACACUAAAGGGGGGUUUCGCUUCGAGAAAUGUAAUGCUCAAAAAUUAAAUAUAAUUUUUGACUAAGAGUAGUAGUAAUGACUGACAACCAAAUAAAAAUCGCUUAGUCAAAAUUCGGGAGUAAUGUUAGGUUUAUUAUGUAUUUAUGCUGACUUCUAAUAAAUUCAUAUAUAUGUAUAUAUAUAGUACUUUCUAUAUGCGCACAUAAGGAUUUAUAUAUGUAUAAAAUUUCAAUUUUUAAUACGUCACUCUAUUUGAGUUGAAGUUGACUAGUAUUCGCAAUUAUUCUUUUUAAAUUGAUUGAUUUAUCAUUUUGUUUGCUUUUCUUUUUUAUAAAUAUGAUUAUUUUCGCUUCUGAUGCGUGAUAUAUGUAUGUAUAAAUAUAUUUCUAGUGUAUAUAAAAAGACUAAAUAGUUUUUAUUUCGUUAAAAAUGUACAAAACUGGAAAACUUAUGUUUGCUUGACGUCGAAGUUCUCUGUGAAAAGUUCCAUAUGUAUAUAUAUAGUAUCUAAAUAUGUAUAAAUUUAUUGUUAAAGUAAAAACUGCAUUGCACAUUUCGUCAAUUUUACUUGUACAUCCGCACAUAUGAUGCUUGUAACCAUUUUACGGUAUAUUUCAAUUUUGUAUCAUCAUUUUGAUUAGCGUUAUUUUGUAAUUUUUGGUUUCUGAUUUGAUUUUCAAUACAAUAUGCAUAUAAAUAUUUAUUAGAAAUUUGAUCAUUUGCAGUUUGCUUAGGCUCUAGAAACUUUUGUAGUUUACAUGUAUGUAUUUCACUUUAUUGAUCUGUUUUUUUAUUUUUUAGUAACUUUCGCGACAAUUCCCCGUGUAACUCGAAUAAUAAAUUCAUAAUAUAGGUGUAUAUAUAAUUGUAAAAUAAUUUCUUAACGUAUAGUCCAACUAAAUUAGGAAAUUCUAGAAGCAACCUAUUUUUUUACAACUUGCGUUUUCAUUGCGCUUUGGAUAUGCAGCGAACAUUUGGCACCAAAAACAAAUAAUUACAAAAAUUGAUUAAUUAACUAAAAUGAAAUAAUUUCUAUUGACACAAUACUCGUAACGUUCUUCGUCGGCUGAGCGUCAAUCCAUUUGCUUAGCGCUGCAGAUAAGAGAAAUCGGUUUGCGCCGCUUGGGAUUGACCUUGCAACUGCUGCUGCUGCUGGUGAUGAUGAUGAUGAUGGUGAUGGUGUGGUUGGUGUUGGUGCUGGUGUUGAUGAUGCUGAUGUUGGCAGUUCAGUUGUUGCUCCAUUUGAUCCAUUUGAUAGCCAAAUGAGGGCAGCUCCUGAUCAUGCUGCUCCACAGAGAAACUCAGGCCACAUGAGCAAUGCUCAAUGUGUGGCUGCCGCAUGAUAGCAGUCGUUGCAGCCGGAGUCGCAUGCACCAACGCCUGCUCAGUGAUGAUGGUCGGCGUGGGCGAUGGCGACGACAGACACUCCUGGCAAUAGUGCGCCGCUGGACCAGGUGUUGGAGCAUGUAUAUGUCCACGAGCAUGGCCAUGACCAUGUAGUGUAUGAUGAUUAAAUGAUUGUACGUAUGCAGAGGUCGGCGGUGGUGGCGGCGGUGGCGGUGGUGGUGUCAAUGAUGGCGUGGAGGUGCUAGAGUCGGAGCUCUCGGUGGCAGUCUGGGUUGCCGUGCUGCUCGACGUCGAUGUGGAUGAGGAUGGCUUGUGUGGCUGAUGCGGUUGAUCGGGUGGAUGAUGGCAGCGACAUAUUGUAACUCAAAAAGUGCCGCCAUCGUGAUGAUGACUGGAUGAAGAUGUGUUUGUUGUUGUGGUUGCUGCCUCAGCAGCUACAGUGGACAUGGACGAUGCCUGCAUUGCGCUCCCCGUCAGGCUAUUCCCAUUGCUAGUGGCCUGAUGGUGAUGCUGCGGGGAGCUAUAGUCAUCGUCAUCGCCAUUUCCGCUGCCGAUGCCAUUGUACUGCUGCUGCUGCAGUUGAUGGUGAUUGUUGAUGGAAUGAUUAAGCGAUGGAUGUGUGUUUGGUGUGUGUGCCUCGUCCACAGCGAUGCCAAUGCCGGCGCCCAGACCAUUCGAACUCACGCCCAGCGACUUAGGCGGAAUGGGCGGUGGUGGCACAGGUAUGUCUUCCACAUCGAAGGAACUGGUGGAACUCUCCCGUUGCGUUAUAUUCAGGGCACCCCCAUGCAUCUGCAUAUCCAGGCUGCCAUUCGAGCUGAUGCGGCAAUGCUCUCGAUGAUGCACCGUGCUCAUAGAAAUGGAGGACGACUCUUCGCUUAGAUUGUUCAGCUGAUUAAGAUCUCGGGAGCUGGUGGUGGAAAUGCCCGAGUCACGAAAAUCAUUGGGCGCAAAGCAAACAUUCAAAUGGCUGCCAGCCUCUUGCAGGUUGUGGGGCAGCGAAUGUGGUUGCUGAUCCGCUUCGGGAUCGUCGAAACUAAUGUCGACCACAGCAUACUUCUGGCCAUGCUGCUGCUGUGCGGAAUGCCGUCGGGCUGUCGCAUCUGCCGAAGUGCCAAAGUCAUUGAAUAUCAAGGGAUUCGAGGCGCGUUUGUCCGGCGUAAUGCCUCGCGGUGGCAAUGGCGGUGCAUUGGGUGAAUUGUAGGUCGGUUGACGCUUUGGCGGCACCUCGGGGGACUGUCCAUCGCACCGUUCGUUAUAAAGUUCUGUGAGCGUGGACGAUUGGGCACUGGCGGCGCCUCGACCAGCUCAAUGCUGAGACUCUCUUUACUGAGCGUUUGAUAGGAAUUCAUCGCUUCCACUGGUCGCAGCGUGUCGCCGGGUCGCGUAUAGAUCUCGUCCAGUUCGUACACAUAAUUGGCAUUCGGAUUACCGCUGACCAUUUGCUGGUGUGCAGCCGCCGCUGCCGCUGCUGCUGCUGUGCGCUGUUCCGUUGGCAGUGGCGGCAGCGGUGUAUUGACAAUGCUCUCGGAAGGCUGACGCUUUAACCGACCCAUGCCGGAGAGACUUUGUUUCAGUUGCGAGAAACGCUCAAGAAGACGAUUGUGCAACGGUUGCACGCCAGCUGGCGCCAGUUGUCCAUGCAGUUCCAAUGCCUGCUCCAAUAUCUGUAUCUGCUCCAGAA